GAACGGAAGAGUUUGUCAAUGCUGCUGUGAACGGUAGAGAAUUGGUCCGACUGCAAGGGUCCAAGCGUGGAGAAGUGAGACGUCUGCGUUUGGUAUAAAGGUGAGUGCGUCAUCCAUCAGUGUUCAUGUCUGUAUACCAUUUCAUCUCGUAACAAUUCAUCUCAGCAUAUACCCAUCAACAUAUACCAAUUUCACACCAGAUACCCAAUUCAUACACAAUGGCUCCCAAGGUUCUCGUCGUUCUCACCAGCCAGUCCAAGAUGAACAAUGGACACCCUACCGGCUGGUACCUGCCCGAACUCGCCCACCCCUACUAUGACCUCGUCAACAAGGGCGUCGAGAUCGUUGUCGCCUCUCCCGCCGGCGGUGAAGCUCCCCUCGACCAAGCCUCCGUCGAGAUGUUCAAGGGCGACGAGGAGUCCGUAAAGUUCCUCAACGAGAAGAAGCAACUCUGGGAACAAACCACCCCCCUCAAGGAAUUCCUCGGCAAGGCCUCCGAGUUCGACGCCAUCUUCUACCCCGGCGGCCACGGCCCCAUGUUCGACCUUGUCAACGAUGAGACCUCCAUCAAGCUCAUCGAGGAGUUCUACAAGGCCGGCAAGCCCGUCGCCGCAGUAUGCCACGGCCCCAUUGUUUUCGUCAACGUCAAGGUCGAUGGAAAGCCCCUUCUCGAGGGCCGUGAAGCUACCGGUUUCAGCAACUCUGAAGAGGAGGCUGUCAAGUUGACCAGCGCCAUGCCCGUUCUUCUCGAGGAUGAGAUUAAGCGUGUUGGUGGAAAGUACGUCAAGGCUGACGACUGGGCUGAGAAGCUGGCUGUUGAUGGACAAGUCAUUACUGGACAGAACCCUGCUUCUGCCCACGCUGUUGGAAAGGCCAUUCUCAAGGCCAUUGGCGCUUAAUUAGAUCAUGAUACCACGUUAAUGCAAUGAGACAAUGUCCAAAGUUGACAUACUAUACCUUGUUGUUCCCUCCGGGGGCUCCUAGCGGAGGGCUCUUCCUCGCUGCGCUCGUGUGACUUGAGUGACACCGUGAAU